UCCUCUAGCAACACUGAUCGCAGGCGUGUUCACGCGCGUAGCUCGGAGCUCGGGCACGAUACGUACGGCGCGGGAGUACCACGCGUGUUCUGUUCGCUGAUGGUGAUCGAACGUGGCUGAGUCAGAGAGAAUCGCGGACAGGAUGUCGACAACAUUGCAGGAGGGUGAUGCCAAGGCGACCAACCCCGUCACCGCCGCCGCCACCAACACUGUCGUUGAACAUGCCGAGGAGCACAGGCUUCGUGCCGGGACCGACAGCUUCCCGAUCAUCAAUGAGAGGCCGGUUGACGACAUCUCCCUCGAGUUCUUCUACAAACCGCACACCAUCACCUUACUGCUCCUCUCCAUAGGCGCCGUCAUAUACUCGGUGUUCACCAGAAAUACCACCAAUGUGGAGGAUAACAUGUGGGCAGGCAUGUUGUGUGUUGUUUUCUUCUUCCUCAUCAUAUCAGUCCUGACAUUUCCCAAUGGCCCAUUCACCAGGCCUCAUCCUGUUGUAUGGCGAAUAGUAUUUGGCUGCAGUGUACUUUACCUGAUGGGUCUAUUAUUCCUGUUGUUUCAAAACUAUGAGACAGUCAGAAAAAUCCUGGUGUGGGUGGAUCCAGGUCUAGCUUCCUUCCACAUUGACAUGGACAAGGAAUACGGCGUCAACUGUUCAGACAUCACAGUGGAAAAAAUCUGGAACCACUUGGACGUGUUCGCGCUGGCCCACUUCCUCGGCUGGACCUUCAAAGCCAUUCUAAUUCGUCACCUUGGAUUCCUCUGGGCUAUUAGUAUCAUGUGGGAGGUGACGGAGAUUGCCUUUGCUCAUUUGUUGCCAAAUUUUAUCGAGUGCUGGUGGGAUGCGUUGAUCCUGGACGUUCUAGUGUGCAAUGGAUUGGGUAUCUGGGUCGGCCUAAAGAUAUGCUCCAUAUUGGAGAUGAGAGAAUAUAAGUGGGUCGGUAUUCGUGACAUCGAGAGCACCACUGGGAAGUUAAAAAGAGCAAUGUUGCAAUUUACUCCUGGCAGUUGGACGUCUGUCAGAUGGUUGGAUCCAACUUGCACACAUAUGCGAUUAAUCGCUUUGUGCCAGCUAGUGAUAUUUUGGCAAGUCUCCGAGUUGAACACCUUUUUCUUGAAGCACGUUUAUGAAUUUCCGCCAUCACAUCCAUUUGUUGUGGCAAGAUUAGUAUUAAUCGGCGUCAUAGUUGCGCCGUCUGUUAGGCAGUAUUAUAUGUAUGUAACUGAUCCGACGUGUAGUCGAGUGGGAACUCAAUGUUGGGUUUACGGGGCAAUCAUGGUAACAGAAGCUUUGCUGUGUAUACGCCAUGGUGCAGCCCUGUUUGAGCGCACUCAAGCUCUUAACAUUCUUCUCUGGCUGUUUUGCCAGUCUCUAGUCUCCGUUCUCUGCGUGUACGGCUGCGUUUUGUGGCAUCAAUACUUCGAGAUAGGGAAGAAAGCCACUAUAAGACGGUCUGUCUCCCAUCUAAGCAAGCUUGACACGGAUGUAAGCGGGAAUAUGGCUCGUCGUACGAAAUCCGUGGAAGAAUUGGACAAGAAGAAACUGUGAAAAGAAAAGUGAGAAGAAUCGCUGGAUGGUGAACUGUGAACAUUAAUUGUACUUUCUAGUCGAAUUGGACAAUCGCACAUAAGAGUAUGAUGACCGCUGAUACGUGAGUGCGAUUGUUUUUGACAUGUAUGAAUGGUUUCCAAAGACGUACGAUUGUUACUUUUGUUCCUCAGAAUAAGUGAAUGGCGAAUAUUAUUGCCACUUAAAGUGAUCCGCGAACGCUCCAAUUUAGCGUUCGGUCAAGUUCGAUGUGAACUUUACGUUAAAAAAAACUGUUUACUGAUACAUAUU